CAAGUUUUAGUGUCAUGACUCCCAUUUAUUCAAAAACGAAACUAACAGGCUGAUAAAGGGAGCUGAAUCGAUACUGAGCACAGAGAGAGGCAGGAGGAGCUGCAGGAGCAACAUCAGAAAGGAGAGGAGACUUCACUUUCAACCUUUUUAUCCCAGUUUAUCUAAACCGAGCUGCAGCUUCCACAGAUCCGUCCUUUAUCAUGGAUCCUGAAAACUACAUCGCCAGACUGAACGAGUAUGGACAGGUCCACGGAUUUGUGCCUGACUACAAUUACCGCCCUGAGGGACCUGACAACAACAGGACGUUUUACUCCUGGGUUGUCAUAAAGGGAGAAACCUUCCCUGAAGGUGUCGGGAAGACGAAGAAGGAAGCCAAGCAGAAAGCUGCUGAAAAGGCUUUGAAGAUGUUGAAAGGUGAAAGUCAGGAAUCCUCUAACUCUCGAGAAAAUGCAGCUUCACCUUCACCUUCAGUUUCACCGGUCCGUCAGACGAGUGCCAGCGACGUCAACUACAUUUCUUGGCUAUAUGAUUAUGUUCAGAGGAACAGGCUGCAGAUAAAGUGUGAGGAGUCGGCAGGAGUGGGACCAAAUUCAGCCACUCAAAGGUGUUACUUCAAAGUUGGUGAUGAAGAGUAUCCGGCUGCUACUGGGAAGAAAAAGAAGGAAGCAAAAGAGAAGGCAGCCAAGCUUGUUUAUGAUGCGAUAAACUCACCGACAUCUGCCAGAUCAACGGUUUCUGGAAAUGGAGCAUCUCCCGGGUUGUCAGCAAGGAUGUCCCAUCAAUCAUCAUCAUCGAGCACAAGUGACUCAGUCGUUUUUCGUGACUCAUCAAACUCUUCUGGAAACUGGUCUUUGGCGACGUCCUCGAGCUCCUCUGGUGGUGCAUCAAGCAGAGAGUCUUUUUCAUCGUCAUCAAGCAUGCAGAGAAACUCUGACAACUUGGGAAUAUUCACAAACUCAUUCAACUCUUCCAUGGAUGAGGUUGAUGUCAAUAACAAGACUACAGGAGAGAGUCAUAUCGAGGCAACGCCCAAGUCAAGGUUUACCGCAGACUAUGAUUCCAUCCAGAAGAUUAGCAGUGGAGGGUAUGGAUGUGUUUUCAAAGCAAGACAUAAAUUAGAAGACAAGGAUUUUGCGGUGAAGAUUGUCCGCAUUGAGGAGACAGCUCUUCGAGAGGUACGCUCACUAUCAAACCUCCAACACCUUAACAUCGUCAGAUACUACACGUGUUGGAUGGAAGACUCAGGAUACCAAUGGGACAACUUAGUGGGCCGAUACCUCUCCCCACGGUCCACAGAUUCAUCCCCAGCAAAGUUCCUCUACAGUCAGAUGGAGUUAUGUGACACCAAAACCCUCAGGGGUUGGAUUAAAGAAAAGAACGAUCAGUCUCUGCCAGACAUCAAGAGAAGAGAAGAAAGUUUGGUCAUUGCUCGACAAAUAUUCAGUGGAGUCAAGUACAUCCACUCCAAGAAUCAGAUCCACAGGGACCUCAAGCCUGACAACAUCUUGUUUGGCUUGGAUGGAGAGGUGAAGAUCGGGGACUUUGGUUUGGUCACCGAAGAUGACCCUGUGGUGGAAAGAACAUCGGAUGCAGGAACCGAAUCUUACAUGGCCCCUGAACAAUUUUUUGGAACCUAUGACCGAAAAGUGGACAUCUUUGCUCUGGGGUUGAUCUACUUGGAACUCCUUUGGAAACUCUCCACCGGACACGAAAGAAUAGCAGUUUUUCGCGAAGCCAAAAGACAGACGUUCCCCAAAGGUUUCUCUGAGAGAUUCUUCCAAGAGUGGAACAUGAUCAAGUCGAUGCUGAGUGUGAGGCCAGAGGAUCGACCUGAAGCGAGGGCACUGAGAGCAGAGCUGGAGGAGUGGGCUCACAAUGAAAACAUGGACCGAACAAAGUGAUGUCACAAAAAUCUGUGAUGAGAGGAAUGUUUGGAAGUCAUUCUGCUCUCGUGUUUGAUGAAAUGUUGGGUUUUAGGAGUGAAUGUGGUCAAAUGAAACAUGUCACAUGACUUGAAAUCCGGUUUUAAAUUGGAGGACUUUAGAUUUGCUCGAUGAGGUAAAAGAAAUAUAAGUCACUUAUCUGUCACUAAACUUGACUAUUUUCAUUGAAUGGUUGCAGUUUUUAGAUAUUGAAAGGUUACGUCUUGAUUAGAGGAUUCAUGUUCAGCUUCUGUCGCUAAAGCUGAGGGUAGAAUUGUUUGUGUUUGUUCCUUUGAAACGUAUUUUAAACACAGUUACUUACCACUUUUGCACUUCUUGUUUUUAUGACGUAUUGUUUACUGUCAGUGUAUUGAUAGUCCUGUCUGUAACUUUGUGUGGUGCUGCUAUUGCCUUUGCUGUUAACAAGGUAACUUCAGGCCAAUCGGUACUCUUGAUCGUGGAGUCGGUCAAAAGACGGGAGCAGAGACGUGCAGGACGCUUUGUCAACCCCUCAGACCAUAACGAUCAGUUAUUAAUGAUGCAUUCCUGACAUCAUACGUCAACAGAGACUAAGAGACCAACAGUAGAACUCUGGAGUUGUACUAGAUGUAGAAUUAGGCGUGUUUAUCGCUUUGAGUCAUCCAUCCAUUUCCAUCCGCUUAUCCAAGACAACCCCCUCCCCAGCAGCGUUUUCCAGCUCCUCCUGGGGGAUCCCGAGUCAUUCCAAGGCCAGAUAGGAUACAUGAUCCUUUCACCUGAGCUCUGGGUCUACCCAGACGCCUCCUCCCAGGUGCCUGGAACACCUCCAAAGGGAGGCGUCCAGGCAGCAUCCUUAUCAAAUGCCAGAACCACCUCAGCUGACUCCUUGUAAUACGAAGGAGCAGCGACUGUACUCCAACUCAAGCACCUGACCCUCUUUCUGAGGCUGACUCCAGACACCCUUCAGAGGAAACUCAUUUCAGCCGCUUGCAUCUGGUGCUUUCUUUGAGAACCCAGACCUCAUGACCACAGAUGAAGGUCUUUGGCACAACAGCACCAAUCCACCUGUCAGUCUCACUAUCCAUUUUACCCCCACUUGUGAACGAGACCCUGAGAUACUUAAACUCCCUCAUUCGCUCCCCACCCAGAGAGAACAAUCCACCGUUUCACGGCCUCGGACUUCAAGGUGCUGACUUCACACUCGGCUGCAAACCGCCCCAAUGCCUGCUGGAGGUCCUGGGCUGAAAAAGCCAACAGAACCACAUCGUCUGCAAAAAUCAGAGCUGGAACUCUGAGGCCUUUAAACUGGGACCCUCCUCCUGAUGUGCCUUGAGAUUCUGUCCAUGAAAGUCACAAACAGAAGCAGGAAACCCUGGGGGAGUCCAACACGCACCAAGAACUUGUCUGACUUACCACCUGCAGUACCCCCCACAAGACCACCAAGGCACAUGAUCGUAGGCACCUCCCGUGCCCCAAGAAUCCUUGCACCAUAGCAUUGUUAGCGGCUCUAGACUUUGAAACUUUAACUUGAAAGAAGUGUGUUGACUUCCUCCUCCGUUAACAAAGUUGAUAUCAGAAGUCCCGCCUCUUCCUGUUUCUGAUUGGUCGGUGAUCAAGAAGUGACAUUGACGAGCGAAGUAAUGAAAGGCUCAAGAUUUUAAAAUGUAACUUCCUUUCCGUUUAUAUCUGUCAAGCUUUAUUCAAAGUAAUCAUGAGCUGGUUUAUUAGGGUGAACUGUUGACAUUUUAUUAUUUUCUGGAAAUGCUGAAAUGAUGUUUGAGCAUCCUUUGAACUCAAUAUGUUGGAAAAUAAAGGUUUUAAGGGAGCUGGUUUAA